CUCCAGAGAGACCAGAGCAGAGACGACGUCCCGGCUGCAGACGUCAGACAGACCGGAACUCUGAGGUUUUGUGGUACGACCGAGUUUGCCAGCGGCCAGUGGGUCGGCGUGGAGCUGGACGAGCCCGAGGGAAAGAACGACGGCAGCGUGGGCGGCGUCCGCUACUUCAUCUGCCCUCCUAAACUAGGGAUUUUUGCGCCGGUGUCAAAGAUUUCCAAGGCUGCGGUGGACCACACGCCUUCCUCCGUCACCUCCACCCCCCGGACCCCCCGCAUGGACCUGGCCUCCCGCCUCGCUGGGAAGACCAAGAAGGAGAAAGAGAAGAAGGAAAAGGAGAGAGCGAAAGCCCAGAGGAAGAAGUCUUCAGUCGCCAGUCUGGAUCCGGAGGGCAUGAACGUGGAAGUUGGGGAUCAGGUUCUGGUGGCCGGACAGAAACACGGCAUCGUCCGCUUCUACGGCAAAACGGACUUUGCUCCAGGUUACUGGUUCGGGGUGGAGUUGGAUCAGCCGACAGGAAAACACGACGGCUCGGUGUUUGGAGUCCGUUACUUCAGCUGCCUGCCCAAAUAUGGCGUGUUUGCUCCGCCCUCCCGUGUCCAGAGAAUGGGCGGUCCUAAAGACGGCUCACACAGCGACAACUCCAUGGUGAAGAAAGUUCAUCAGGUCACCA